UUCAGUGCGAGUGAGUGUAUUGGAGUAAAAUUAUUGACGCACAUGUUUUCGUUUGAGAGGCGCGCAUCUGCAAAGUGUACCGUAUUUCAUACUUGGUGUUUUAUUUUCUAAAUUUAUUCUGCUUGGAAUUUGUUUUGAUUUUUUGAAAGUGGAUAUCUAACUCCAUUAUAAUGAGCAUUGAAGAAGAGCUUCUAGAGCUAGAUAAUUGGAAUCCAAUGGAAGAUGAUUUUAAUUCCAAAACAUUUAAUUCAUAUGAUGAUAGCUACAGCUUGUCACCAGAGUAUGAUGAUUGCUGUUUAUAUGUUCGUCAUAUUCCACCUGAAUUAAGCAGAGAUGCUUUUGCAACUAUUAUGUCUCAGAAUGGCAAAAAAAUUCAAAGAGUAUACUUGAAUUGUCCAAAACAAGGAGCCAAUCAGCUGCCACAUGUAUAUGGGUUUGUGGCAUAUGCAACACAUAGGGAUGCUCAAGAAGUUAUGAACAAUAUGAAUGGAAAACCUCCAUACAAUUUCAAAAUAGGGUAUGCCAAAAGAAAAGAUAGUAAAAAUAACAGUCUUCCCGAAGGUGUUACUGCAUCUCAAGUUUCUCAUUUGGGGGGAGCUGGAAGAGGUAUUGCAAGAUUUAUAAACCAAAAAAAAACACCAAAUGGUGAAUGUGAUAAAGCAAAAAUUGGAUUGAAAAUCUUUGUUGAUGGGGACAGAAGAGUCUCUUUUCUAAAAGAUCCAGACUCAAGUCCAGAGAAAAUGUAUAAAGAGAAUGUUUCAUCUGCAUCUAUUCAAAGUCCAGAUUUCAGAUGUGAGAAAAUGAAUAACAGUGUUCCUGUACUUGCACCUGUGAAAAGACAAGGUUUCAAUACAGAGAAUAAAAGUAGUUCUACUCCUUUACCUGUAUCUCAGAAAAGUCCAAAUUCCAUUACACAGAAAAUGCAGAAUCCUGCUUCUAUAUCUUCAAUUGUGAAGUACCAUCAGGAAAGCAAACAAUCAUCUGAAGGGAAAAGGCAGCAAAAUGAUUUUAAUUCAAAUAAACCCGUUGAUUAUAUUUCUCAUCGACCAGCAUUAAUUCAAAAUCCAUUUCUUUUGUGUUUGUAUUGUAAUAGUGUUGGUAAACUAUCAUGUUCAGUGUGCAAAAAACCAUACUGCUCAGCAACUUGCCAAGAGCAAGAUUGGGAACGGCACAAAUUGAUCUGUCAUUGUUUGCCUGUUCCUAGCAAAGAAAUUGAAAAGGCUACUCAUGUAAAAAGUGUUGAUACAAAUGAUAGCAGCUAUGUAUCUGAUGGCAGCAGUUCAGAAUGUGAAAGAAGUGUUCCUAGCAUAAAAGAAGUAUUUAGAAAUGAAAUUAAGUCUCUUGUUUAUGAAGAGAAAAAUCGAUUUAAUGCUAACCAACAGAGUUCCUUUGAAGGAACAAGUAUGCAGUCAGCUGAGCUAAAAGUUCAAAAGAAAGACUUAUGUGCACCUCAAAUAAAGCCAUAUUCACCUUUGGUAUUGCCAUGUAUCAAGUAUGAAGAAAUAGGAUACAUUAGUCUUGCAAAGAUAGAAAAGGUAUCUGUAUCCUUCAUCUGCAGUCCUUCAAGAUUCUGGAUCCAAACAGAAAAUGCUAUUCAAGAUUUGUCAAGAAUGGAAAAUGAAAUUGAAUCACGCAUUCUUAAACCAUGUCAUGAUGUGCAUGAAAAUUGUGUUUACUGUUGUGUAUAUAAAGGAAAGAUUUAUCGAGCAAAAACAGUAGAAGUUAAAAAGAAUGGUCAAUCAGUAGUUCAUUUUUUUGAUUAUGGUAAUACUGCUACCGUGCCAAAAACUAAUUUGUUUACUUUACCACAAACUAUCAUCCAGUACCCUGCACAGGCAGUGUGCUGCAAGCUCGUUGACGGUAAAAAGAAUGAAAAAACUGAUUGGAGUGAAGAUGAAAUUGCUUCCUUCAAACUGCAUACUGAAGGGAAAUUUCUUAAAGCUCAUAUAUUUAAGCAGUCUAAAGAAAUAUGUGAAAUUUCAUUGCUGAAUGAAGAUGAUAUUACGUUAUAUUCUAUAUUAAUUGGAGAAAAUGAUGCUAUGUCAUGCCUUAAUAUGCUUAACUCUGAGCUUGAAUCAAAAAGCAGUCUAACUGAGAUCCCAUCAGUGUGGUCCCAACUGCAAGAAGGAUCACGAAUUUCUCUUGUUAUAAUGGAUGCAAAAGAUGAAAAUAUUUUAGCUUUAUUAAAAAUAGCAGGUUUUGAUCCUGUCCAAGAAAUAAAUGAGCUUGACAAUCUUAUGAAAAGCAUUAAUACAGAAUCUAUUAACAUGUGUGUUGAAGAAGGAGAUAUGUGUGCUGCAUUUUCACCUAAUUACAAGCAAUAUUAUCGCUGUAUUGUUUUGAAACGAAUGAAAAACAGUUUUCUUGUUCAAUAUAUUGAUUAUGGUAAUGAAGAAGAAGUUACUGAAUUACGUUCUUUACCUCCAGACUUAUUUAAAAAAUGCACCUACAUUGUAUGCCUCAAAAAACCAAAUUCCUUGUCUGAUAGUGAUUUUGUAAUGUAUUUUUCAAAGGAGCAUGAACUUCUUGUGAGAAGUGUGAACAAAGAUGUCAUUGAAAUGUCAUUCUCUUGUGGAGGUGAGCAUCAUUCCAUGCUUUGUUUUCCUUGGUAUCAUAUUGUAGAUUCUGUAAGAGAGUCUGUUAACAUUAGCAAUUCGGAAGAUAAUAGUGCUAGAAGAAAUAUUAAUCCAUCUGAACACCCCCCAAGAAAUAAGUCAGAUGUGCAAGAAAAAGUUGUGAAGUGUUCUGAAAGUCCAUUAAAUAUCUCUUCAAAGGAAAGCCCAAAAGGAGUACAGGUAAAGUCUCCAUUGUCUACUGUUGGUCCCUUAAAAAAUACCUCAAUACCAAAAGAAGUUGAAGAAAACAGAACACUUCAAUGUACUAAGUCUCCUCAUUCUGUAUCAAGAAUCAAAAAUCUUCCAGAAAAAUCAGUAUCUGCUGGUUGUAGAUAUGAAGUAAAAAUUGUAUGGAUCAAUACAGCCUCAGAACUUUUUGUUCAAUUGGUAAGUGAUGAUGAUGCUAUAACUGCCUUAACCAAGGAAUUGAAUGAAUACUGCAGUUCUGUUAAAAUGAGUAAAUAUUUGCCUCAAAAAGGUGAAAUAGUGUGCUGUAAAUUUGCUCAAGAUGGAAACUGGUAUCGUGGCGUAGUGAAAAACAAAAAUGGAGAUAAAUUCCUUGUAUUCUUUGUUGAUUUCGGUAAUGAAGAUUUAAUUCCCGAUUUUGAUAUAUAUCCUUUACCUCAGAAAUUUGCUUGUCCAAAGUUCAGUAUUUGUGUUUCGUUACAUGAAAUAAAAAAUAAGGAUUUAACACGACAAUUACUUACUAAAUUGCUAAAUGAAUGCUGGGAUAUGGAAGUAAUAAAUGCAGAUACUAUUCCUAUUAAUGUUAUGGUUUAUCAAGAAGAUCGUUCAUUAACUGAUUUUAUAUGUAUUAAAACAAGUGGUAAAGAUCGAAGUUCGCUUCAGUUUAGAAAAUUAUAUCCAAAAGUUUCUGAAGUUGUAAUUUGUCAUGCAGAUGAAGAAAAGGUAUAUGUACAGCUUGUAUCAGAUUUAGAAUCUAUUCAAGAACUUAGUGAAAAAUUGAAUUCUAUUUCUAAAUCUUCGAUAUCUAAUAAACCUGGUGUUAACAAGAUAUAUUGUGGGUUGUUCACUGAUGGUUUAUGGUAUCGUGUUUGUGUUGAAGAAGUUUUGGAGUCUGGUAUUUGUAAAGUUAAUUUUAUUGAUUAUGGAAAUUCUGAAGAAGUUUCUUUUAAUGAUUUGAGAGAAUUGCCAGAUGAAUUGUUAGCUUAUCCUGUAUACUGUAUUCCUGUUAUUUUGAAAGAUUUUGCCCAACAUACAUUAAAAAUGGAUGUUCCAUAUUUGGUAGAGAAAAUUGGAGAAAAGGAGAACAUUCCAGAGAUAAAAAUACCCACAUCAAAACCAAUUAAAUUUCCACAUAUUUUCUCUUUUGAGAAACAGUGCUUAAAGGAUGGAGUUAAUGUUGUUGCAUUUUGCCAUAUUGAAAAGGAUGUAUAUUACUGUCAUCUUGUAUCUGAUUUUGAAAGGUUAAAAUUAAUGUCUGAGAAGCUGCAAGAUGUUUCUGAGUGUAAACGUAUUUCUUUUACUCCGUCUGUUGGUAGUGUUGUUUGUGCUAAAAGUGUUGAUGGUGCUUGGUAUCGAGCAUCUAUAUCUCAGGUUAACAUUGGAAAAGACAUUCAUAAAGUAACCUUUAUUGAUUUUGGAAAUACUGAAGUAGUUGAUCAGGAAAACAUGAGGCAUAUAUGUGAUGAAAUGUGUAAGUAUCCUAUAUUUUGUAUACCAUUGAAAAUUAAAGAUCUUAAAGGACUUUCACAUUCUUGGAUUUUAAGUAAUGUGACAUCUGUCAAAGCAGUUGGUAUAUUAGAUAAACUUCAGCUUGUUGAAAUAGUUCCUGUGCCAUCAAAUUUGUCUAAAGUAUCGGUAUUACAAACAGUUCCUGCCUCAUUAAAUUUACCUAAAGUAUCAACACUACAAAAGCAUGUAUUGGCCAGAGAUAAUUCAUCCAAUAUUACAGUCUGCUCUAUGGAGAGUGAUUCCAUGUGUUAUGUUCAGUUAGCUUCAGAUCAAGGUAAAAUUCAGGAAUUGACCAGUAAAUUAGAAAAUGCCAUAGAAUUUGAAGAUAUAUCCCAGAACUUAGAAGUUGGAGAUGUUGUAUGUGCAAAGUGUUCUGAUAGUUUUUGGUACAGAGCUUCAAUUCAGGAAAUUAGUAAACAUGAAAAGACGAGUAAAGUUUUUUUCCUAGAUUAUGGAAAUUCAGAAACAGUGUCUUUAAAUGAAAUCAAAGUUCUUCCAACAGAACUUGCAUCAUAUCCCAUAUUUUCUAUUCCAGUUCAGUUUCGUGAUAUGACUGCUGUGAUAGAAAACCUAACAGCAAACAUAAGUACAUUUCCUGUUGUUGUUGUUGAGGAGUCAGAGCAAAAUAUUCAAAUUGUUGAUGUCUAUUCUAGAGAUAAAUAUCCUCAAAUUUUGUUUUCAUCUUUGAAUAAAGAUCAUUUAUCAUCAGAAGGAACUUGUGAAGUCAUCUUCCAAAACUUUGAUGGGGAAUUUCAUUAUUUUAAGAAGUCUUGCAUGCUUAAGAAACACGAUGAAAUGAAUUUGUUAAUACAGAAUUCAACAAAAGAAAAUGUUCAUCUUGUUCCUUCUAUUGAUGAAGUACUGUUAGUAAAAUGUAAAGAUAAUACAUGGCAGCGUGGCUGUGUCAUUGAUGUCAACUCAGUUAUUGGUGUUUUUAAAGUUUACUUGAUUGAUUUAGGUUUUACUGAAGAUAUUAUGCUUUCUGAUAUGUGUUACUUACCAAAAGAAUGCACUGUUUAUCCAGCAUUUUCAAUUAAAAUUGUGUUAGAAAACACAGAUUCUUUAAAAAAUCCUCUUUGUUUUGGGAAACAGUAUAUCUUAGAACUUUCUUGUAAAACAAAAGGACCAGUUCCUGUUGUCACAGUUUUUCAACCAUAUAUGUUAACCUCUCUGAAGCGAAGAAAACUUCCUAUUCAUGUACCUCAAAAAGUUACAUUUAGUCAUAUAGAUAAAGAUUUAGCGUUUUUGCAAGAUUCUUCUGAUUGUGAAUUAAUACUUGAAGUACAAAAGGAAUUACAGAAAUCCUCAGCCAGAAAAACUGUCACACAUAAACUUAUCAUUGGUGAAAUUGUUUGUGCGAAAUCUGGUAUCACCAAUGAAUGGUAUCGUGGCUGUGUCGAAGAAAUUAUUUCUGAAGACACCUAUAAAAUCUUUUUUGUAGAUUUUGGCAAAAGAGAAGUAGUAUUAAAAGAAAAUUUGGAGUGCUUUUUGGAUAUUUAUGCUGCUUACCCUACACUAUGUAUUCCUGUAAAUGUUUUGGAUAAGAUGUCCAUCAGUAAGCCUCUAGAACUGAAGAAAAUAUAUUCAGUAUUAGCUGAAAAUGAACCAAAUUGUGAUGUGCAAGAUAUCCAUUUAAUUACUUCAUCAGAAGAGAAAACAGAAAAAAUUGAAAAGGAACCUCUAACCAGUGCUCCUAAUUUGGCAUGUAUAAAAAAUGCUGAGUGCAGUGUACAGAAUGAUGAAAAGUUCUUAUUUAGUGAAUGCAGAUUUGCCGAGUUUUCUAUUGGAGAGCAGGAAGUGGCCAUAUAUACUAUUGGAGAUUGUAAUGCCAUAUUUUGUAGUCCAUAUAAUAUCCAAAAUUUGACAGCAAGUUCUGAAUUAAUAACUGCCAUAACAGACUUUUGCCAUAAUUUAUCAUGUUCCUCUUAUAAUGGCAAUCAUCUACCAAAAGAUGAUGAAAUGGUAAUAGCAAACUUUCAAGAAGAUAAUCUGUGGUACAGAGCUGUUGUAAUUGAUAGUACAUCUCAUCCUUAUUAUGAAGUGUUUUUUGUGGACUAUGGAAAUUCUGAGUUGCUUCAUUUAGACAGAUUAAGAAAAAUGGAAAAACAGUUUAUGUCUUUGGAAGUGCAAGCUCAUCUGUGUUCUUUAAAAGGCUUUAUUGUUCCUGACGAGAAUAGAUCAAAAGUUAUAGAAGAGCUAAAAGCAUUCCUUAUAUUUUCUCUACAAGAGCCUUUAAAUGCAUCUGUAAAGUUUAAUGAAGGAAUGUAUGAAAUCCAUAUACCAAGGAUUACAAGCCAUUUGAUACAAAAAAAAUUGGUCAUACCUAUGCAGUGACAGCACCCUAUUUUUUUGUUAGUCUUGUAAUAUAUUUAAAUCUGUUAAGGAAAAUGUACAGAUUAUACACCACUUUAUUUCUCUAAAGUACUUGAUUAUGGAAAAGGAGAUGCAUGUAUAAUAAAAUGCUUUUGUAUUAUGCAUAUCAAUAACUGACGUCUUAGCUUUUAUACUUAAAUGUUUGUAGUAUUUUUAAGCCUGUGUAUAAAAAUAUCCUUUUUGAUGAAUUUUAAUUUUUUUAAAAGUCUGCUUGGAUUUAAUAGUAAAAAAUUUCAGUUAAAAUGUUUUCCAUCUUUUAAGUUUUGUAUUUUUAGUAUGAUUCACAUAAUAUUUAUGGUAAUCUGAAGAUUAUUAAAAAAAUAGAAGUUACUUCCAGAUUGAAGAGGCAUUGUGAAUAUAAAUUUUACAUGACUCUAUAAAAGGAAGAAACUCCAGUCUUUCAACAUAAGUAAACAUUUUGAUAUUAAAAAUUUUAGUUUGUCAGGUAUUGUCAAGAAUAAUAAAAAUGGAGGAGGUACAUGUCUCA